AUGGGCGCAGCUUGCGCCGCGGCUUCAGGGGCCCUGCAGUCCGACGCGCAGGUCGCGCGGCGCUUGCGGCCAGCGAGAGCGCGCGCGCUGGCGGCCCACGAGCAAGCGCAGGAUUUCUUCGCUAAGGCCAGUGGCAGCAAUGAUAUCCUGAACAGGCUGGGCGCGCUCGCGCAA